CCUCUGAGGCAGGACGGGGCACAUGCCUGGGCAGGGGCCACCCGACACCCAGGGGCCCCACACCAUCAAGGGGCCCCUGGGGCAGUCUGACGAGAGCUGAUAAAGCUCAGGUGGGGUGUGGUUCCAGAGUAGUGCACUCACCUGUAGGCCCCCGGAGGAGAGAAGAACCAUAUACCUGUGGCCCCUGAGGAGAGAGGAAACAUCUACCUGUGGCCCCUGAAGAGAGAAGAACCAUAUACCUGUGGCCCCUGAAGAGAGAGGAACCAUCUACCUGUGGCCCCUGAGGAGAGAAGAACCAUAUACCUGUGGCCCCUGAAGAGAGAGGAAACAUCUACCUGUGGCCCCUGAAGAGAGAGGAAACAUCUACCUGUGGCCCCUGAAGAGAGAGGAAACAUCUACCUGUGGCCCCUGAAGAGAGAGGAAACAUCUACCUGUGGCCCCUGAAGAGAGAGGAACCAUCUACCUGUGGACCCUGAGGUGAUCAGUGCAGGUUCUACUCUGCUCUAAGUGUGUCUUUAGAGGCUCCUGGUGCCCUCACAGGUCGGGACCCUGACCGGUCCCUCCGGCGGCCUGUUGGCUCCACUCCGGUCCGGCCGUUGUCUGGAGCAUGACCCCUGGUUGAGCCUGAAGGACGCCACGCUGCAACCGAGCCCAGACCGGCCGUACCACGGUGCCAGACGCCAUGUUCCUCCCCCAAUGGAUGCUCCUGCUGGCGGCGGCGGUGGCCAGAGGCUCCGCCCAGACCUCCGUCUUCUGCACCGACCCCACGACGACAGGCGAGCCAGAAGGCCUCCUCAUUGACUGCCUGGGCCUGAGGUUCACCUGGCUCCACUCCCUCCUGGGGAGCUUCCCCUCCCUGGUGAGCUUCGCGGCGCGGCUGCGCUGCGCGGGGGGGCUCUGUCUCCGCGACCUGGAGGACUACGGCUGCUGCUGCAGACACCGGGAGGCGGGGCCGCCCCUGGACCCCCUGGACAGCUGUUGUUUCCAACACAGGCGCUGUUACGAAACCGUCACUGCCACCCCCUGCUGGCAGGAGCUGCCCCCAGCGCUGGACAACCUCACCUGCUCCACCCUCAACACCACCUGUGAUGUGGGAGCGCCGUGCGCCCGGAGCUUCUGCGAGUGCGACGCGGCCGCCGUGGGGUGCCUGGCCCUGACCCCCUACAACGCCUCCCUGAGGAACCUUCCGGAAACCUCCUGCUCUGGCCUGGAACCAACUGGGAUGCUCUGGAACGCCAGCGGGAAUGCAGGUGGCGGGAACGCCAGCGGGAACGUCGGUGGGUACGCCAGCGGGAACAUCAGCGGGAAUGUCAGCGGGAACGUCAGCGGGAACGUCGGCGGGAACAAUGACAAUGUCACCUCUACCCCGGAAGCUGCAGGAAGUGAGUAUGACAAUGCGACGGGUCUUUCCUCCUAUCAGAACUCCACAGCCUUUAACUCCUCCUACCUGGACGAAGUGGACAGACUGCUCUCUUGGGACGCGGCAGCCGAGAACAGCAGUGACAUCACAGGUCUGGGCCAUGACAUCACAGGUCUGGGCCAUGACAUCACAGGUCUGGGCCUUGACAUCACAGGUCCGGGCCAUGACAUCACAGGUCUGGGCCAUGACAUCACAGGUCUGGGCCAUGACAUCACAGGUCCGGGCCAUGACAUCACAGGUCUGGGCCAUGACAUCACAGGUCUGGGCCAUGACAUCACAGGUCCGGGCCAAGACAUCACAGGUCUGGGCGGCGCCAGUGACCUCAUCAGCCCGCGCCCUGCCCCCCCGUCCCAGACUCCAGAGGAAGAGGAGGGUGAGCUGGAGGAAGAGGGGGCAUGGCCUCCCGCUGACUACCUCAGCAUCGUCAGUACAGCCCCGACUGGGAACCUCAGCCCCUCGCAGCACCGCCCGCCGCUAACCCAGCCCCCCGACGCACGGGGGCGUGACGUCGGAGGGCCCCCCGCUCCCUCGUCUGGGUCCCACAGCUCCGUCGGCUCUCCUCGCCCGUCCAGACCCCCCCCGGCCGAGCGGUCCUCUGAGGAAGGGGACGAAGUGGGGUCACCACACCGGGCCCCGGGCUCCGACGAAGGUCCACGUCCCGGCAGAACCGCCACCAGCAGGCCCUCGCUGCUACGCCCACACCAGUCCUCUGAGGAGGAGGAAGAGGAGGAGGAGGAGGAUGAUGAUGAUGGUAGAGAGGAAGGUGAGGAUGAAGAUCACAGAGAGUUAGGUCAUCGGACUGGGAGAGGUCAGUACGACCCCUAUGUUAUUGACUACUUAACUGCCCCUCGUCAAGUAGAGGCCGUCCCCCUGAUGUCCGUAACCACGAUACCGCUUAAGUCAACAACAACAAAAACAAUGGCUGCGGUUACCAGGACAACCCCCACAGACCACUCCAUGGAGCAGGCUGGGACCCCAACACGAACCUCAUGGAGACACCCGGCUACACCCACAGCGCGCCCCUCGUCGCCUCGACCAACGGCUUCGACCGAAGCCCCGCCCAUUCCUUCUGAAACAUCACAGGAGGAGGCGGAGCUUCCUCUGACCACUCCCCCUGACAACCCCCCGUCUCCGAACCCAGGAGGGGGCGUGGCACAGAAAAGGGCGGGGCUUCUCUCCUGGUCUCUGCUGGAGGCCAUGGGAAUGACAGACAUCGAGUUCCCCCCCGAGGGCCCAGUUCCGUCUCCCCCAGAGUGCAGCGAGGUCUUCACGGUGGCGGGGCGGGACGGCGGGCCGGGCCGCGCCCUGCCAGCGCUGGGCCAGAUGCUGCGCUGCCUGACGGGCCGCUGCCCCGAUGAGUUCAAGAUGUACGGCUGCUACUGCGGCCAGGAGGGCCGGGGGCCGCCGCAGGACCCCUUGGACCGCUGCUGCUUCCUCCACCAGUGCUGUCUGAGGCAGAUCUCCACCAUGGGCUGCAAGGCCGACCGCAGACUCAGCGCCCAGGUGUCCUGCGAGGGAGGGACCCCUCGCUGCCAGGGCCAGGGCCGGUGUGACAAGCUGCAGUGUGUGUGCGACAAGACCAGCGCAGAGUGCAUGGCGGCGGCCCACUUCAACCACAGCCGCCCCCCCGCCCAGUGCCAGGGGCCCGCGGCCCCCUGCAGGCGCCGGCCCAGACCCCGGCCCACACCCCCGCCCUCCAGCGAGGAGAGCCGGGAGUCCGCCGGUGGCCACUCGCACAUGGAGGGAGGGAAACACACGACGGCUCCUACCAGUGGACCUGCAGACAGUGAGGAGAGCGGGGAGGUGAGGCCGCGACCUCCUGCCAGACCCCCGCCCUCCAGGCCCCCACCUCUGGCCUCACGACCCCCACUUCCACCCUCAAGACCCCCACCUCCACCAUCCACUCCACCCCAACCCCCUCCCCACUCGGCCGCAGCUGCCUCCAGCGGGGAGACCUCCAGGCCCCAGAGACCCCCGACAUCCGGAGGGAUUCAACCCCACAACCACCAGCCCAUCAGACCCUUCAGACCCAGCCCCGGGCCCCUGGAGAGACCGGGGGCCCCGGAGAGACCAGGGCCCCCCCCGGCAGAGGCAGAGGAGGAGGAGGAGGAGGGGGGCGAGGAGGAGGAGGAAGAGGAUAAAAGAUGAAGGUGACGGUUCUCCUCAGCAGUGGUGGACAAUCCUUGGGUUUUCAAAGUAAAAGCCAUGGCAGAUUUCCCCAGGCGCUCAGCCUAGAUGCAGUCAUUAACGCGUUGAUUUCAAAAUAAAAGUGUUUCAAGUUAAUGAAUUGUUAAACGACUGUGGUGAUUUUACUUUGGCGGGGGGAGGAGGGUGUUAACGAGCAGUAUCUCUGGGGAGGUGGGGGGGUGUCCCCACAAUUAACACAUUGAGCUGCGUCUCCAGGCCUAUGUUAAUCCAACCUGCCGUCCAAAACACCUCGUAUUGUUUGGUCUUUCCCACAUGUUGAUACUAAAGGCAUAAAUUAAAUGUACUGUUCUUACAAUUAUUGAACAAUAAAAUUGAUA